GUGAUACCCAAUCGUCACCGAAGUCCUUUGUUGAUGCUGAUUCACAAAAUCUCACUCAAGACAUUGUCUGAGUAAAUUGCUACAACAAAAUCAUUUCUUUUCGCCUUUGUGGGAUUGUGUUGUGGAAGGAUGCAGAGAUAUUCUCGGAGGGACAUUUUAAACCAGCUGUUUGCCGCUGGGAUAAAAUAGAGGCAGACGCGUCAAAGGUAAAUGCGACAGUCAAAACAGCUCAUUAUCGCACACCCUAUCCCAUACAACGGCCAGACGAGCGAUCAAUAGAGCAAAGCCAACAUUUCGUUUGUGCAAUUUGUGAGCUAAAGUCCGAUAUAAUGCCGUUUUUUUAUAUGGCUAUGCUGGGAGAUAAUCCCCUUUCUGCAAAGGAGAUUAAACCUUUUUUUAGCCGUGGGUGAAACAGUUUGCCAACAACAACGCGUUUUGUUCUCCGUCUACCAAUUCACAUCUGGUGGAUUCGUUGAUGUAUUUCUGCCAUUUGAAUGAAAAAAGGCAUAUGUUGUGAUUUGGAGAAAAGACGGUGUCCACUCUACACAGCAUUGUAAGCAUCAUGUCCAUAGGAUAUCCCCUCUCAUCUCACGGACCCUCAGCAGGCCGUUUUUUCUCUCUCCUCUGCCUUUUGGCCGUCUCUACACUGCCUGGAGCACAAGCCUCUUACCCUGAGAGCAGCGAAUGUAUUUUAGGAAAAGGCAAGGACUGCUUGGAUUUGUCUGAGAAGAAAAGUGACCUGAGAGUGUGUGACACUGCAACUUGUCGUUACGGGGGGACAUGUCAAGAGAAUGGGGCUGACCUGAAAUGUGUCUGCCAGUUCUAUUGCUCUAAGAAGUACAUCCCUGUUUGUGGGUCCAACGGAGACACCUAUCAGAAUGAGUGCUUCUUGAGGAGAGCAGCAUGCAAGCAGCAGAAGUCCAUAUCACAGGUCUCUGACGUGGCCUGCUAUACAGAUGGCAGUUCUGGAUCUGGCGACAGAGAUGAUGAAGGAUCAGGCACAGGCAGAGGAAAAAAGCCCACAAAAUGCGUCAACUGCAAGUUUGGAGCAGAAUGCGAUGUGGACUCUGAGGAUAUAUUGUGUAUGUGCAACAUUGACUGCAGUGGCCAUAAUGACAACCCGGUGUGUGGAACAAACGGAAAAUCUUACAUUACCCCCUGUCACGUAAGAGAGGCUUCGUGCUUGAAGCAGGUGAAGAUUGACGUGAAGCAUCUAGGGAGUUGUCCAGAAAAAGGGAAGAAGAAAAAUGAAGACGAUGGUAGCAACAGCAAGACGUAUCUUUUUGACACGGUAGACAUAGGGGAGGACAGAGCUUAUGGAGGGACCCCCACCCUCUGCACAAAGGACUACGCCAACUUCUGUGAACACGGCCAAUGUGAAAUUAAGUAUAGCAUCCCCACCUGCCGGUGUGACUCGGGCUACACUGGCCAGCAGUGUGAUGAAAUCCAAGACUUCAACAUCCUGUACGUGGUGCCCAGUGGACAGAAACUCCACUACGUUCUCAUAGCAGCCGUCAUCGGAGCCGUACAGAUCGCCAUCAUUGUCGCUGUUGUCAUGUGUUUCACAAGGAGGUGUCCCAAAACCCAGAGGGGACGAAGACAACAGCAACACAUUGGACACUUUCCCUCUGGGACUUCAUCCAGGAUGAUGUAGCAGUUUUUUGUGUGCAUUUUUGCACCAUAUGGAUCACAUUUUUUGAUAUCUGUUGUUUUGUCUCCUUUAUUUUUGAAUGGAUGUUUAUUUAUUUUCUCUAAUGGGGCCUUAGUUUUCUCUCCCUUCUGGACAUAUGCAGUUCUUGCUGCUUUUUGUCAGACUGCUGCAUUAUUUAUUUUUUCCUACGGGCUUGAAAACGGACAGCCAUUCUCCUCUGAUCAUCCAUUGUUUGCAAGGUGGUAUUGGUAUCUUUAGGCACACAAACCUUGGAUACCUAGGGUCUGGACUCAUGCUAUUUAUCAGCGUCUCUGACUUUCUCUCAGUACCUUUUUUUUAAAUGAAAUACAACUAUAUACCAAAUGCAGUUUUCUAUAAAGGAGGUAAAAGCUGAUGUGUACAGUUUGUUUUGGUUACUUUUCAAUAUACCAUUCCGGGGAUAGAUUUUUUUGACUAGGUACUAAUUGAAAUGUUUUUAUAUAUCAUCUUUUAUUAAUUUUUUAUGUUCUAAUAUUGUUUGUAUUAUUGCUAAUGAAAUAGUUGCAUAUGGCAUGAGCUGUGAAUGUGUUUAGUGAUGUCGUUUUAGUAAUAUUAAAUGAUCUGUGUUUCAAACACUCGUGUUGCCUUCAUAUUAUUAUGACUAGAUCAAUGACGGAGCCUAAAUCAUUUUCAGAAAAAUAAUUUAUCACAAUGUUAAAAUUGUUAUGGAAGAGAAGGCGUAUUCAUAUGAUGUUAUUGUAAAAAUAAAUGCACUGAUUUUAAUGCAGUUCUUGAUUUACUUUGUUAAAUCCAAAAAUCUAUAACAUUUGGAAUGUGGACAAGUCACAUGGUUGGGAAAGACUCUGAGCCCUAGUUAUAAAACUGCAUGUACAGUGCCUAUCAGAAAGUAUUCACAUCCCUUGACUUGUUGCACAUUUUGUUGUGUUACAUCCUGAAUUUAAAAUGUAUUCAAAUUGAGAUUAUUUGUCAUGGGCCGACACACAAUAUCCCAGUAAUGUCAAAGUGGGAUAAUGUUUUUAGACAUUUUUACAAAUUCAUAAAUUUUUUUAAACUGAAA